UUCGGUGUAAAGUUGAAAUUUUUGUUGACUUGACUUGAAAAAAAACUGAUUAUUUUUAUAUAUUAAUUUUGUAACGAUAAAUAUAUAUAAAUAACAAACCUAAAACAUGUGCAAUGAGGUUCAUUUAAUAACUAGAUUAGUCCUAACAUUUACGGAUCGAUCGUAUCCUUAUCAUAAUCAUUUAAUAUUGUUUAACAAUAAAAGUUAGUUGUGUGCUUGGUGUCGGCCGUUCUUUUUAUUGUGCAAUCGUUUUAAUAAUAUCGUCGUAAUAAGUUUAUACAUAAUUUAGCGCACCUUCUGAUUAGAUUCCUUACAGAGUCGAUAAUGUCUGAUCCUACAAUACAGACUUUUUGCUGCCAUCACAAUGAUAAUCAAGGAGGUGUAGUAACUAUUCAAAUCAUGGAUGAGUUUAAUACUGAAUCUUACAAUACAGUUUGUUUGGUAUCAUCCACUAUUGGAAUUCUUGGUGCUAUGUAUCAGAUAUUUCAAAAUGGUGUAUGGAGAUUACAAAGUCCAAGCAGGGGAAGAAAGAUCAUAAUGUGGUUGGCAGUUGCAGACCUCUUAGCCUCCCUCGGUGUGCUGGUACGAUCAUCAUUCUGGUUGAAGUACAAAAAUAUCUUACCACUUCCUGAUGAUAAUAUUAGUGUUCUAUUUUGUAGCAUAACUUCGGCAUGGACGCAAUAUUUUUACACAGCUACGUGGUUUUGGACUUUAUUCUACGCGGUAGACAUAUGGCAGUCGAUACAGGGUAAAGACACACGACCUCUACUUUACCACUCUUUGGCUUGGGGAAUACCUGCAGCGACGACUAGUAUAGGUCUAUCCAUACUAUACAUACCGAAUGCUACGUGCCAUAAUUUAACAUCUCUAUCGAAUGUGCUGUUAAGGAUUCUACCAAACUAUUGUGCAACUUAUGUGCCCAUAGCUUUAGUGAUGGUCAUAAAUCCCAUUAUAUACAUUUUGGCGGGAAAGAAAGUUGAACUUACUGUAGCGCUGCCAUUAGCACAGUUUACAAGCAAAGAAAGAAGAGUAGUGGAUGCGCUACGACUAAAAUUCUUUUUGAUAAACGUCGUCUUUUACGUUUGCUGGUUACCGAAUCUUAUAAAUGGAAUUCUAAUAUGGACAAUGUGGUCUACAAUGCCCGUCAAAGCGAUUAUUUCAAUUUGGUAUAUAAUGGCAUUGAUGAAUCCAAUGCAAGCCCUUCUCAAUGCGUUAGUCUAUAGAAAGUGGAAAGUCACAGACAGAUAUCAGCCAAUGUUCCACAAUGGUCAUAAGGAGCUCAAUUUCAGCGACGAGCAAUCGCCGCUUUUAGGAUCAGAACCACCUCGAUUACUUUUAGCUCCGAUGCCUUCCACUACUAUUACUAACUAUGCUACAUUAUAAACGCAAGUGUUGCCAUUUUUUUAAUGUUGCUAUGUUAAUAGUAAGUGAACGAAAUUCUAAUUCUGUCUGCGUUUGAUUUUAAAAUGUUUACUUAGAAAUUUUCGGUUUUAAAAUAGCUCGUAGAAGUAUGUUUAUGAGACUACUUUAGCGACAAUGUUACCCUGUAACGCAGUAGUCAAUAACAAAUCAAAUGACUUUUAUCGUCCGCAUUUUCAUAGAAAUUUGAUUAACGAUGUGUUAGAUAUAUAUGUGGCUUAAUCACUUGCCUUAAAAGAAGCAAUAUAAUGACAACCAACUUCUUUUACUAAUUUUAAACUUGAAUGUUAUAUCGCAUUAUUUGUGAGCUUAAAAAGAAGAAUGGUUAUGUCUGUGCAAAUAGAUGCAUGUGAACAUUUUAUGUAACAAACUAUAACUAUUGUAGGCUCCAUAUCAUUUUGUACUUUUGUAAGUUUUAUAUAUUUAAAAUAUGCCUUAUGCUUAGAUUUUAAUGGUGUAUCUAUAGUUCCAACUGUCUUUGGGUAGAAAUAUUUAAAUUAGCACGAAAUUUGAUAGUUUCUGAUUUGAAAACAUCAGAAGUAUUUUGGAAUUAUUAUUCGGUAAUUUUCUAUACCAAAGGUACUAGUGAUUAAUCUUAUAAGUCUUUGAAUUGUUUAGAUUAAAAAAUUGUAACCAUCAAAGGAUCUUAUUGUGGGUUAUUUAUAACUGAAAUCGAGAAUUAUUUAAUAUUAAUUUACAAAUACUAAAUAUUCUUAUAAUUUUUUUACCGUCUAUGACUUUACAAUAAAAACCUAACAUCACAAUGCUACACUAUGUUGUUAUAGGUUUAACUUUUGACGCACUGAAAAGUACAUUAAAUAAAAUCUAUAUUAUAAUACCAAUUUAUGUGCCAUUAGGAGUGUUGUAGUAAUUAUUAUCAUCAUGACAUGACUAAUAUGUUACUUAUUUUGUAAUUAUUCAUAGAAUACUCAUGGUCGUAGGGAGACCUACUAUUAGUAGUAAUAAGUGAGAUAUUUGUAUUUCCAUUAUUACCCAGUGUGUUUAUUUCAUUUCCAAGUUUUUGUAACUAAUUCAUUGGUGCUAAACUGUUUUAUAAGAGAUCAAUUGCAUUAUAAAUAUUAAGUAUGUUACCCACAUUUCUAGUGUUAUUUUAGCAUUUAUGCACUUGUUUUGUUUUUGUAUGCGAGUCAUGUUUUAUUGUGAAUCGGUAUCAUUUGUUUUAUAUAUAAAUAUUUUAGGUAUGCACAUAUUUCUAAGCAUUGAAAUUUACCAAAGGCUGACUUAUGAUUCUGACUGAGUUACAAAUUGAACAUGAGAAAAUACAAUUUACUUGUAUACCGGAACAUUCAUGAGUAAAUUUCUAAGAACAAAUAUAUUUUAGAAAGAUAAAAUUGACAAUAAUUAUGACAUUGGGAUUAUAUGAUUUACAAUUAUAAUGAAUUUAUACUUUAAAAUAUUAUGAAAACAAAACCAACUUCCAGUUUAGAUAUGUUCUGUAUGGUAAUAAAAUGUGCUUAUCAAAAGCAGAUUUUAUUACAUUCAUUGAUAUUGGGCAGCUUAAUAGGGUGAGGGUAAAUUGUAUAUUGAUAGAAGAUACUUUAUAAUCCACCCAAAAAUAUAUUGUUAGUUCUGAAA